GUGUAGAGCCGCUGGUCCUGAUUGGACUGCUUCAGAACCGAAUGUAUUUUCGGGAGGGAAACUUCUCAGCUUCGGUUCAGAGUCAAACACGGUUCGAGUGAGCGGACCCAUAAGACGUAUAAUACUGGGAUUCACAAGGAUCAGUGGUCAUGUCUGGCAUUGCUCUGAGUCGACUUGCACAAGAGCGCAAAGCAUGGAGAAAAGACCAUCCAUUCGGUUUUGUUGCUGUGCCAACGAAAAACCCAGAUGGAACAAUGAAUCUUAUGAACUGGGAAUGUGCUAUUCCAGGAAAGAAGGGGACUCCAUGGGAAGGUGGACUGUUUAAGUUAAGGAUGCUGUUUAAAGACGACUACCCCUCUUCACCUCCAAAGUGCAAGUUUGAGCCUCCGCUGUUCCAUCCGAAUGUGUAUCCAUCAGGAACGGUGUGUCUUUCCAUCCUGGAGGAGGAUAAAGACUGGAGACCUGCCAUCACCAUUAAACAGAUCCUGUUAGGGAUUCAGGAGCUUCUAAAUGAACCGAACAUACAGGAUCCAGCUCAGGCAGAGGCGUACACCAUUUACUGUCAGAAUAGAGUGGAGUACGAGAAGAGAGUUCGUGCACAGGCCAAAAAAUUCUCUCCAUCGUAAGCAAAACGGAAAGAUGGACGAAUGGAUUGAGGGAAUAUGUGAAUACUCAUGCUAUCCUCUCAACGGGACUAAAAGGACUUAAAACAUGACUUGUGUGCCAUCAAAUCUGCUACCCACAACCACCAAAUUCACACUCUUACACACUCUUCGUCCUUUUUACUUUCAUUUUCCCUCCGUUCCGUUCAAACUGAUUUCACAAAUUCAGUCUUUACAGGUCUCAUUGCGUUCCCAAACCAGCUUGUAAGAAAUGAGAAAACAUUCUUCGAACCAUGUAGACCGUUUGGAUUUUAGCUCUUCGUUCAUUUGGUGUGUUUGUCUGUAUGCGCUUGCAAGAAUGUGUCAUUUUAUUAUGUAUGCAAUGUGUCCCCUCUCAAAAGUGUGUGUGUGUGAGUCUGCGUAUGUGUGUGUGUGUGUGUGUGUGUGUGUGUGUGUGUGUGGAUCUGGUUUUUGUUGGUUUAGUAUAUAAUGCCGUAUAUAUGUGGGACAGUGCCUCAAGGUGAAUUUCCCCUCCGAAUGCUGAACUAGGACCAGUUUCUUCUCCAUUGGACAUGUUGUAUUUGACCAGACACGUGGUCUUGGAUCUGUCAAGGAUUGUCAGAUGCUGUCGAUUUAAUGCUUCUGUGAGGAGCAGAACCAGAGUCCAAUUCUCUUAAACAUGCUGUACUUUGUUUCUCAUUUGUUUGAUGGGAACAUGUGUCCUGUGUUCACACACAUUGUGUCUGUAUGUUUAAUAAAGCUCUUUCUA